UUUACGAAGCGCCUACUACGUGCCAUUAUGCUGAGUCCGGGACCGUCUGGACAAGGAGCCAAGUUCUGGACGCUUCUUUGACCAGUGAAGGAGUAUCUGGAGCCCGAGCCUGGCCCAGCUCUGACCUUGCGGCCGCGGGCGGAGCCCCAUCUCGGAAGAUGAGGGAGUUUGCAGGCUGAGGCGGCCCGAGCCCCGGGACACGUUUUUGCGGCCGCGCUUCCCCGGGGAGCGUCACGUGCCGACGCGGAGCUUCACAGAAGACACCGCACUGUCCCCACCCCGCCCCCUCCCGCGGCCGGCCCCCGGCCUGCGGGCCGCGCGAUGAUGCAAGCUCCGCUGCCUGGGGCCGGGGCCAACAGAACAUUCACGAUAGACUAUGAAGGGGACCAGUUCCUCAAGGAUGGCAAGCCAUUCCGAUACAUCUCUGGGAGCAUCCAUUACUCCCGCAUACCUCGGUUCUACUGGAAAGACCGUCUUUUCAAGAUGAAGAUGGCAGGACUCAACGCCAUCGAAACCUAUGUGCCCUGGAACUUCCAUGAACCCUUUCCUGGACAGUAUCAGUUCUCUGGUGAACAGGAUCUGGAAUAUUUCCUACAGCUUGUGCAUGAGGUUGGAUUAUUAGUUAUUCUGAGGCCAGGACCUUAUAUCUGUGCCGAGUGGGACAUGGGUGGCCUACCUGUUUGGCUUUUAGAGAAAAAAUCUAUUUUUCUCCGUUCUUCUGAUCCUGAUUACCUCAAAGCAGUGGAUAAGUGGUUGGAAGUCCUUCUGCCUAAGAUGAAGCCUUACCUCUAUCAAAAUGGAGGGCCAAUUAUAACAGUCCAGGUUGAAAAUGAAUAUGGAAGCUACUUUGCUUGUGAUUACAACUACCUCCGUUUCCUCCUGAAAGUCUUCCGCCAGCAUCUUGGAGAAGAGGUGGUUCUUUUCACCACUGAUGGGGCUGGCGAGAACUAUUUAAAAUGUGGAACUCUGCAGGAUCUUUAUGCGACAGUAGACUUCGGAACAAGUAGCAACAUUACACAAGCCUUUAUGAUCCAGAGGAAGGUUGAGCCCAAAGGACCAUUGGUUAACUCAGAAUUCUACACUGGAUGGUUAGAUCACUGGGGUGAAUCUCAUCAGACAGUCAGCACCAAAAACAUUGUCGCUUCUCUUACUGACAUGCUUUCCCGUGGUGCUAAUGUUAACCUAUAUAUGUUUAUUGGUGGGACCAAUUUUGGCUUCUGGAAUGGAGCCAAUAUGCCUUAUUUGCCACAACCUACUAGUUAUGACUACGAUGCCCCAUUGAGUGAAGCAGGAGACCUCACGGAGAAGUAUUAUGCUGUGAGGGAAGCUAUUGGAAAGUUUGAAAAACUACCAGAAGGACCUAUUCCUCCAUCAACCCCCAAGUUUGCCUAUGGAAAAGUUGCUAUGAAGCAGGUAAAUACAGUGCAAGAUUCUCUUGAUGUUUUGUGCCCUGCUGGACCAUUCAACAGCACUUACCCCUUAACAUUUGUCCAGAUGAAACAGUAUUUUGGCUUUGUGCUGUACCGAACAAUACUUCCUAAAAAUUGCAGUGAACCGGUGCUUCUUUCUUCACCCUUAGGGGGAGUCCAUGACCGUGCCUAUGUUUCUGUGAAUGGGGUUUCCCAAGGAAUUCUGGAGAGAAACAGGGUGCUCUCUAUAAAUAUUACUGGGAAAGCUGGUGACACCCUGGACGUGCUUGUAGAAAACUUGGGGAGAAUCAACUUUGGAGAGGACAUCAAUGACUUCAAGGGUCUGAUUUCCAAUUUAACCCUUGGGUCAGAUGUGCUCAAAGACUGGUUGAUGUUCCCAUUGGAUCUUCAGAAUGAAGUGGAUCCUGAUCUGGAAAAGAAGGUGACCUCCAGGAGUAAUCCUUCCAACUCAACUCUCCCAUCCUUUUAUGUUGGUCAGUUUUCCAUUCCUUCUGGAAUUCCUGACUUUCCUCAGGACACCUUUAUCCAGUUUCCCGAUUGGACCAAGGGACAGGUAUGGAUCAAUGGCUUCAACCUUGGCCGCUACUGGCCAGGCCGGGGUCCCCAGGUCACUCUGUACGUUCCGAGACACAUCCUGGUUACGUCUGCCCUGAACAACAUCACCGUGCUAGAACUGGAGAGGUCUCCUUGUGAAUCCCAGCAGAGAUGUUUUGUGGAGAUGGUGGACAAGCCGAUUCUUAAUGGACCGCUCUUCUCAUCAAAGAAGAAUCCCUAGAGGGGAAGCGAUUCUUAGUGAAAGCUUGGGUGCUUGCAGAAGGGCUUUCCUCUUAGAAUCUUGAUUUUUUUAUAGAACUUAAUGAAUUUAACCUAAAAUCAAGUUUUAUCCUGGCUGAUUGGAAAAUUGCGCGUAUGCUUGCAUGUGUCUGUGUGUGUGUGUGUGUGUGUAUACGUGUAGAUAUUGAUUGUAAGGGUCGGUAUUACUUGUUGCCUUGUAAAUUACAAUCACAAGCUCCCUGAGGGAGAGAACCAAGCCUUCCCAACAAUGACAAAACCCUGUAGUGCCUAUUGCCUCUACAGGGGCUUGCACCCUGUGGGCGCCAUAUGAAUGUUUGCUAUCUCUGAUCAUGGUGUUAGAACAAUAAAGCACACAUCCAGAUUAUUUUAUUUUGCUUGAAGUAUUUUUUUGAUUAAUUUGCAAAGGAAAUUUAUAGGGAAGAAUUGUGUUCCCUGAAUAAAAUUUAUAUCCAAUUUGA